CUAUAUCGGCUGACAGUAUAAAAGGAGUCGUAGCACAUGGUGAAACUUGGGUUCUUUCGCACGAGAAACCCCGCACUUCUUGCCAUUCUGCACUAGUGCACUUCAGAAUCGCUGUAGCUGUCGCGAUCGUGUUGUUGCGUCCAUCGGGUUCUUCUUACGCGAAAAUAACGUUUUCCUUGUACUCACUGCCGCAGUCCGCACUCACCCGACACCGUAAAACAUUUAAAUAAAACCGUAUACCGUUGUUUCCAUUGGCCCCUUCAAACAUGUCCCAAUCGUCCGUGUUGAAAUUAUAUCAAUCUGUAAUUGAAGAUACAAUAAAUAGCUCUCGAGAAUUUUUUGCGGAGGAAGGUAUUGAUGAUCAAAUUUUAAUGGAGUUACGUCAAUCAUGGGAAUCUAAAGUAAUGGCUAGUAAAGCAGUUGAUGCACCACUUCCUCAAGAAAUUACUCAACUUCCUAAAACUGUUACUUCAACUGUUGUUAAACAAACUAAAAGUCAAUAUGCUCCUACAAUAGUCAAUAACUCUGUUCAUCAAUUAAAAAUGGUUCAACAACAAAAAAUACAACAGCAACAACAGCAGCAACAUCAGCAACAUCAGCAAUCACUUCAGCCACAGCAGCAACAACUACCACAGCAACAACAAUUACCACAGCAGCAACAACUACCACAGAAGCAACAACAGCAGCUACAGCUACAGCAACAGCAAAAGCAGCCACAACAGCAACAGUCACAACAGAACACUAUAGUUUUACCUGCAGAUUAUGCAAAUAAAUAUGUACCAAUUCAAAUAACCUUACCAGCUCAGACUGGUUCCCAAGAAACGGGUUCUAGAAUUCUUUCUAUUCAAGUUCCAAGUUCUGCCAUACAAGGAAACAUGCUACAGAGUAUUCUUAGUGGUCCAGUAAUAACUAAUAGUAUGGCAAUGACUACUCCGCUAGCUACAUCUUUUUUACAACAACAUGUCAAUAGUGUACUUGCUGCUCAAUCAAUUUCUAGUGUUCAAAAUGUUGUACAACCAGAAUUUUUGUCAGAUGUUCGAAAUACUCAGCAACAGCAACAACUUCAACAAAAUAAUCAAGCAUUUAUUAGCGGGAAUGUGACUGGUGGUGUUAAAAGAACCAUUGCUCAGAUAGAUGGAGCUAACGAUUCUUCAACAUCAGAUGAUGACGACGAUGAUGAUGAUGAUGAUGAUUUAGAUGAUAUUGGUGAUAAUGAUGAUGAUGAUGAUGAUGAAGACGAUGAAAAAGAUCAGAAUAGUGCUUCUGAUGCUGAGCCAUUGAAUUCUGGUGAUGAUGUAAGUGAUAUUGACAAUGGUGAAUUAUUUGAAACUGAAAAUGUUAUUGUUUGCCAAUAUGAUAAGAUUACUCGUAGCAGGAAUAAAUGGAAACUUUAUUUUAAAGAUGGGAUAAUGAGUUUAAAUGGUUACGACUAUGUCUUCCAAAAAGCAACUGGUGAUGCUGAGUGGUAAGAGGUGAUAUAUUUUGUGUUAUAGUUACAAUAAAUGUUAACUACUCUGUAAUGAUCAAUUGUAUGUUUUAAAUGAAUUGUUCUCAAGUCUUCUUUGAUGUAUAAUAUUAAUUUAGAUUAUUAAGUAAAUUCCCAA